GAAUUCCCAUUCAAAUUGAAUGUACUGUUUGUUUGGCCAUUGAAUUACAUUUUUUUUUGUUGAAAAAAAAGUGAAUCAACUGUUUGUCUCAAAUUGUUUUCAAAGACAAAAUCGGUGAUUGAUUUUUUUGUUUUGGACCAACAGUUUCGGGUGAUUAUUGUACGGACAUAUCAACUGAUGGACAAUAAUAAUAAUAAUAAUAAUAACGACGACAACAACAAUCAGCAGCCAAUAAUGGAUCAGUUUAGCAACAAAUACGAUAUAUUGAGUCUCUUUGAACAACGAUUGAUUCAGACCAUCGAUGAGAUCAAAUUGCAGAGCACAAGAAUCAAAGACUUGGAGAACGAACUGAAUCGGACUAUCGAUGACAGACAUCGAUGGCAACAGCUCUACGAACAAGAGUUGGACACCAAUAGAGUGUUAAUCGAUUCAUUAGAUAAAAAACAGAUGGAAUCGAAGAUUGCCGUCGAAAUGCAGACCAUCGAGUGUAGGGAAGCAAAGAAUCUAGCGUUGAGUCAGUUGGCGAUUAAAGACAAACAGAUUGUCGAUUUGAAACAGACAUUAACCGAAACCAACCGCAAGUGUCAUCAAUUGCAACAAUUGGUCGAUCAAAAGUCUAACGAAUUGCAGAAACAAUCGAUGUCUAAGUCGGCCAUUGAAUGCGAUAUAAGACAAGUACGGACCAAAUACGAUGCCAUCCAUACUGAGCUCAAGACUGUGGUCGAGGCUCACAAUCAGAUCAAAUACAUGAUCGCGUCAACGGAUAAGGCUAUUAGUGGACUUAGAAAGCAAUUAAACGAUAAAAAUGAAGAGAUAGUUGUCAUUCGUAAAGAUCGACAAUCGAUUGAAAGCCAAUUGAGUGAAAUGAGUGCAAAGACAGAGACGAAUUGCCAGCUAUUGAAUGAAAAAGACUUGCAUUUGCUUCGUGUGACACAAACUAAUGAAUUGCUCAAACAGGAGAUAAACGAUUUGAGAGAUCAAUUGAAACAAUCGAUGAUUCAAAACGAAAGUCUAACCAAAACGUUGACAGAAUUUACCGAUAAGUCAUUUGAUUUGAUGAAAAAUAAUAAUAAUAAGACUAAUACUAAUAAUAGUAGUGAAGUCGAGACCACUGUUGAUAACAAGCCUACUGUCAAACAACAACAACAACAACAAACAGCUGUUGUGAUGGACACUAAUAAUUAUGAUGAAGGAGUAGUCGAUGAUGAAGUAAUUGAAGGGAUUCGAGAUAAUAUUUACAACCAUUUUAGUCAAACUAUUCAGACAAUUAAUAUUGAAUAA